GAGGUGACGUUACCGCCGGAGCAGGAGGAGGAGGAGGAGGAGGAGGCGCCGGCCGUAGUUUGCGGUCUCCAAGCGCGAGGCAAUGGUGUGCAUUCCCUGUAUCGUCAUUCCAGUUUUGCUCUGGGUCUACAAAAAAUUCCUGGAGCCGUAUAUCUACCCUUUAAUAGCUCCUUUUGUUAACCGCAUGUGGCCCAAGAAAGCUGUUCAGGCAACCUCUACCAACAACCAAGGCAAAGGAGAUUAUAAGAAUGUCAGCAACGGAGUCACCAGUGGAAUCUCUUCAGAGGGACCCCCCCCAGAAGCCUGUAACAAAAAGACCGACUAAAGCAAAUCAUUCCGAAAGAUCGCAUUGCUUCAGAAAUGAUAUUCUGUUAUAUGUACUUUGAUGAUGUCUUUAGGCCCCUUUCUAUGAGACCCAAAUAAUGGGCUAAAUAUUUUGGAAAUUCCAAAAUGCGAGUCAAACGUAUAGUAUUUCUAUUUAAAAUGUGUAAAUUAUAUUUAAUAAUCUCAUUCCUAUUCUUUCCUCACUGGAAUAAUUUCCAUCUCUAACUCUGUGAAUAAAAUGAAAUUUUACUCUA